AUGAACACCAAGCCGAAGUAUGCCCGGCCAUUGUGCCUGGCCACAUGGGCGUCGUACUUCGAGCCGUUGGCUAAUGCCAUAGGGUUGAUGCGACACCAUCAUUGGGACUCCAAGUAUUUGAAGGAUGACAGACCGGAUCUUGAAGUCUACCAGGGGUUGCGUAAAUAUGAGACCGGUACAGAGACUAAAUGGUGGGAGCUGGAAUACAUCUAUGGCCGAGAUGGACUACAGGCGAAGAUCAGAGCGUCUAAGAAGGCCAGUAAAGAAUUGGCUGAACUUGAUGGAACGGAACCAGAAGACAAGCGAAAUCAGAUGCAGGCCCAGGCCGACAACGCGAUCGAGGCAUUCAAUAACCUUAUGCAACCGUUGAGAAAGUCGGUCUUCGUCACCUUGUCACCCGAAGUCACGGCGUUCGGGAAGAAGUCGUUAUGGCUCCCCAAGUCAUGCAGCUCGCUGCUCCGGAUUUUCAUUGAGCCCGCUCCUCCGGCUAUGGUUCCGCGUGAAGAGGACCUCGAUGGCAUGAGUGACGGCGCAGAUGAAGCGGGCAACAGUGUCAAAGACAGCAAAGGCGGCAACAGGGGAAAUGGACAGGGCACACGAACAGCGACAAGAUGA